UCCUCCACAAUCCCAUCAGCCCCCCAAAUCAGCAGCGCACAAUUGUGCUCAGCGCGGAAACAGAAAAUACAGUGGCACGAAAUAUUGUUUUUUCACGGAGUUUUACACAAUAUGUGUGAAAUGAUCAUAGCGAAUUCCUUACUUAUUGCAUCUUAAGGUAUAUAAGUAUGUUUGUUUUGAUGCUUUGAUUGUACGCAGGACGCUCUGUGUCAGUCUUGUUUCAAUCCCGCCGCUAGCAUACCAGGCCUCCACGUUUAACGUGUGAAACGCAAGCGAAUCUUAUUUAUGAUAAUAAGAGGCUUAUUUUAAAAUGUCUGGGUUUAACUUCGGGGCCGGAGCUGGAGGGUUGAGUUCUACAGUCUCGGCUGGAGGAGGGUUUGGCGCAUUUGGAGCUGCCGCCGGUGCUUCAAGUAACCCUGCUGGCACAGGGGGCUUCACCCUGGGCAACAUGGCCUCUGUGGCUCCGACGAUCGGUGCUGGCACCACCACCACCACCACCUCAUCCCUGGGACUUGGAGGCGGACUCUUUGGGCAAACAAAACCUGCCACUGGCUUCUCCUUCGGGGGAGCCCCCACUGGAACCGCAGCAACAUCGACUGUGACAGGGCUGACACUGGGGGCACCUGCAACCACGGCUGCGGCUACAACAGGCUUCAGUUUAGGGUUUAGUAAACCAGCCGCCUCCGCCGGCCCCUUCAGUCUUCCCACCGCGGGAGGGGGCCUCUCUUUGGGGUCCACACUGACGUCGGCAAUGCCAGCAGGUUCGACUGGGUUUUCGCUCAGCCUGGGCAGCACCCCGGCUUCAUCUACAGCAUUAACAGGCCUGUCGCUGGGUUCUUCAGGGUUAGGGUCAAGUCUGUUUGCAAGCUCUGCAGCCACAGGUCUCGGACAGGGUUUUGGACAAGGUCUCGGGCAGAGCUCUCUAGGCUUGGGCUUGACUUUAGCAGCUCCUGCAGCUACUACCAGCCAGGGUCUUGGAGGAGUCGAUUUCACUAACUCUUCGGAGAAAAAGAGUGACAAAUCAUCAGGAGCCAGACCAGAGGAUAGUAAAGCGCUUAAGGAUGAAAACCUACCUCCUGUCAUCUGCCAAGAUGUAGACAAUUUUCAAAAGUUUGUGAAGGAGCAGAAACAGGUUCAGGAGGAGAUCAGCCGUAUGUCCUCCAAGGCAAUGCAGAAAGUGCAGGAUGAUAUUAAGAGUCUGAAGCAGCUGCUGUCUGUGUCUGCCAGUGGCCUGCAGAGAAACUCCCAGGCCAUUGAUAAGCUGAAGAUUGAAACGGCACAGGAACUCAAAAACGCAGAAAUUUCCUUACGGACGCAGAAGAUCCCUCCUGGUCUGCAGCAUGAAAACACCGCCCCAUCUGACUACUUCCGGGUGCUGGUUGCGCAGUUUGAAGUGCAGUUGCAGCUCUAUCGACAGCAGAUAGAGGAACUGGAGAACCACCUGACCGCCCAGGCCAGCAGCUCGCACAUCACGCCUCAAGACCUGUCUCUAGCCUUGCAGAAACUCUACCAGACCUUUGUGGCUCUAGCUGCUCAGCUGCAGUCUGCACAUGAAAACGUGAAGAUCCUGAAACAUCAAUACCUGGACUACCGGAAAGUGAUCCUGGAAGACUCCACAGAUGUGUUCGAGUCCAAGCGGGCCGCUACCAAGAAGUAUCGGGCCGCCCCGCGUGUCACCACUGGCCCCACCCCUUUCAGCAGUAUACCCAAUGCAGCAGCCAUUGCCAUGGCUGCAACACUAACCCAGCAGCAACAGCCUGCUACAGGAGCACAGCCGUCUCUGGGGGCUAGUUUCGGAGCGCCCUUCGGCUCAGGUAUGAGCACUGGCUUGCAGUCAAGUGGCUUGGGCUCUACAAGCCUUGGAGCGUUUGGCAGCGCCCCUGGCUUUGGAAGUGGUGCUGCAGGAAGCUCCACCUUUGGAUUUGGAUCUGCAAGCAAGCCCUCUGGAAGUCUUAGUGCAGGCUUUGGCAGCUCUGGCACAACUUCAGGGUUCAACUUCAGCACCCCCGGCAUCACGGCGUCGGCCGGCCUGAUGUUCGGGGUGUCCAACCCCCCUGCCGCAGGGUUCGGGACAGGGGGGCAGCUGCUGCAGCUCAAGAAACCCCCCGUGGGAAACAAGAGGGGCAAAAGAUAAGACUCGCCCAGAAAUCCUGAAGGGAAUGUAGAGGUAGACAAGCCAAUGACGUUACAUUCGAAAAUAUCUAUUUUUAUAAGUUAAAAAGGUGUAAAAAAAAAAAAAAGGUCAAAUGGG